AACAGUAUUUCAUCAUCACUCGUCACCUUUGGUGAGGUGAAAGGGAAAAUUCCCUUCACUUGUAUAUAAAUACGAGAGGAGAGUGCACAAAUCAGUACUGACAAAGCAACAGCUGGGAUCUAAUACAAAGACCUCAUCCACAACUUCUUAUCUCCCAAAAGAAUCAAAGCAAAUUAAAAGAUGGAAUCAAAAAUGAUGUACCAUGCCGGCCAUUUGCCUUCUCCGGUGAACCUGGAGAUUUCCCAUCAUCCUCUGAGCAUGAGACGAGUGGUGAACGUGGUCAUCGCCAUGGAGCACAUGAAAAACAGUGUGGCCCAGUCCCUCCUGAGCCCCGGCUUUGGAGAUGAGAAUCUGCUCAGCAACUUGUUUGAGAACAUGAUAGAAGAGAGGAUUGUGUCAGAGGUGGUAGAACCUAAGUUCACCAGAGUUGGAGAGCAUUAUUGCAGUGUGACUGACAACCAAAAAAGGGUCUUGGUCCAAGAGAGCCUAAAGCUGCAUGCUGUCAUUCUGCAGGGAGGCAGUGUGAGACGCCAAGUUCAACUGAACCUGUCGACAUAUCGACCCCCAGUACCCAGCGCUGAGGAAAGACCAGUGGCCCUGGGCAUAAGAGACACAGACUACUACCUGUCCUGUCACAAGGAGGGCACUGAGCCAAGUCUGCACUUGGAGACUGUGGCAGACAAAGGCGUGCUCCAAAACAUCAUCUCUGGGAGUGAAAUGACGCGUUUCAUUUUUUACAAACACGACACUGGUCUGAACCUGAGCUCUCUACGCUCUGCUCGCUUCCCUGAGUGGUACAUCAGCACCGCAGAGAUGGACCAUCAGCCCAUCCAGAUGCGUGCACAGGCCACCAGCUACAGCACCUUCUCCUUCCAGAGCCAGAAUUAGACCCUCUCUGUUCUCUCACUGAAGCACUACUGCUGGAAAAAGUACCUCAAAAUAUCUCGCUCCAGCUUUAAUAUAUUGAACAACCAGGCGUAGCUCCCACAUGCCUUUCUUCCAUGAAUAAACAAAAGCAUAAUACAAAAUGAUAUAGAACAACUUGACAAACCUGAUGCGAUGUGCAGUCGUUUCAUAAGCGGAUUGUAAUGUGAUAGCGCUCUGAAGGGGAAGCGAUUUAGCACAGAGAGCAAAGCAAGGGGGUGCAGCUGUGAUUGUUUUUAGAUGUGCUUUAAAAAUUAAUUUGACUUGACUUGAA